UCAUGUACAGGUAUCGAGGUACCCCAGGGACCGAGUUCCAUCUGUCACGCCAACUUGGCUGGCAAAGCGAGCGAAGCGCUCCAUGCCAGACGGCACGCAUUGGACGUGUCGAGCCGUCCUCCGCCGGCGGUACCACGGCAAAUACUGCUAGCAUUGGGCAACCAAUGCUAGACCCUGUCAGGAUGUACAUGGAUGUCGUUAACUACCUAUAAAACCUUCACACAUCUCUCAUCGCAGAGAGAGAAGCAGAUGAACAAGAGGGGAAGUUGACAUUCACUUCUUAUCACUCGUUGUACUUCCUCGGUAUUGUUUGCAUAGCUCAGAAAGAAGACUAGUUGUUCACGUCGCAAGAAGGCAAGGAAACGAUGACACGAUUUUCAGUUUCAACAGUCCAGGCACUGUGCGGUAUUGCGUUGUUGCUGAUCGUUGCAAAUGCUAAGACUAGCAAUGCGCUCUCCUGCUUCUGCAACGAGCCUGGAAGGUUCAACUCGGACUGCGAUGAGGCGCGCUCAGAGUGCAGCGUAUCGGAGCUCGGCUGCUGCUACCAGCACUUGAAGAAGAUGCCAGUUCCGAACAGGAAUCCCGCGGGAGAUCUGCGAUCUGAUUACUAUGGCUGCAUCGACGAGCCCAUCCAGUGUAUGAUUGGCAAGAGCGAUAUGCUGCGAGAUGGCCUGUACGCUGUAUGCGAUGACGGCAACCAUUGCAACCAGAAGGAUCGCAAGACAAUUAUCUACCAGGAGAAGCGGCAUAGAGACAUGACUGAGGAGGAUCGCGAGGAUGUCGAGAAGACGAACAUGAAAUCGUACAAAACGGCAAUAGCGGUGGGUGUGAUCCUGGGUUGUCUACUCUUGUUGGCAUCUGUCAUUGCCACCGCUGUAAUAUGCGUUCGGCAAACAUUGCGCUCCAAGCAACGGCAACAACCCGACGACCAACUGGAGCAGCUCGCCUCCUAUGGGCGGACACCGUCUUCGGACAGCGGCGAAUCACAAAGUACCAUCCAACUAUCUCCACCGGGAUCCACCGGAUCAUCUCCCGAGUGGACGGGGAAAGCAGUUAGGGAAGAGACGCGAUUGUCCGGAUCGGCAUCUGACGAAGGCACCGAGGCUGCGGUGAUAGAUCACAUAUGUAUCGCCAAUAACUCGUGUGAAAUUGAAACAUACGCCAGCAGCGCGACGCCAUCAGUACCUGGGUUCCGCUGAACGUACCAGGCGCUUCAGAGUGCCGCAUUCUGUCUCAAAACCGAGAGACCAUGUUGCGAAAACGAUUCGAAGGCCCGUCGAAGUGCGAAGUGAAUCGUUGUACAGUUACUGGCGAGUUUGGCCAGAUUGUCACCGCUGAAUAUCAAUUUUCAGACUUGAGCUUUCCAACAUUGCGCUGUGUCAAAUUCAUAAUUCCGCUGUCGGCUGGUACAUGCACACGUACAUGUACAUAUUAUGUCGAAUUCGAGCGCAACAUGAUCGAGUUUUGUAUUGUCCUUGAACUACAUUGCACUUUGAAUAUCAAAUUAAAACCAUCAUUGUUCUGUACUGCGAAUACAUGUACAUGUACAUGUACAUACCACUCUCUAAAGGGUCCCUGAAGAUGGUCCUUGCCCGAAAAUUCGGAUAUUUUAUUUUUCAAUUCA